CAGGCAGACACUGAGAGCAGCUUCCAGCCGAAGCGUUUCUCAUCGCAUUUAUUUGAGCGUCUCUUGGUAUUUAAACGCAGGUGCUUGUCUGCAGGACUGUGCUUUUUUAAAAAGAGAAUCUACAGCUGUGGACAGAAGUUGAGCAUCACCCUCUAUAUAGAAUGAAAUCAUUUUGCUUCGUAAAGUAGAAUGAAACCUGCUGAAUAAUGUGACGUUAACAGGUUUUUUUGGUCUCAAUCCUAAAAUUCUUGGUGAUGCAAAACGUUCAGCCCAAUAAUAAUGCUUCAGUGUGGUCUUCUGUCUGUAUUGCUGCCCCAGCUUCACCAUGCUGCAGUUUUGCUGGUACAGUGUCAGAAAGUGGUACAUCGUCACAAUGUGGUACGCAUACCAAAACUUGACCCUUGCAAUGUUAGAAAGCGGUCAGAUUUUGGUACAGGUGCGAUCAAUUGUGAUCUGAUGGGUGUUUUCCUAUUGUCAAACAGAGGUACAUUUAAUUAUAUGUUAAUUACAUGUUAAUUAUGUUGGGUUUUUUUGCAGACCAUUAAUUAUCUUUUUUUUAAAACCAUUAAUUAUACAUAAUUUUUUUUGCAAACUAUUAAUUAUACAAAAAUGUACAACACCCAAUGAAUUGCAUAUGAUAAUUCGCAUACCAUUUUCUAAAUGUUGGGAAAACGAUACCGGUGACAAACAUACAAAUAUUGCUUGGAUUGAGUCUGUGCCGUACAGUGAAAUGUGUAGUGUUUGGCGCCAUCUUCUGGUAGCUCUGUAUACUGCAAACACAUGUUUGAUACGUACAGUGUACGGCAAUUUGUGUCAGCUUUAUCGUUGAGUAGAAGGGAAAACUACCAAGCGGCGUGUAAUUCAAUAUGCUGUUAACGUAGGAUUGUGCAGCAGGUUUUCAUUCGACUUUAUUAAGCAAAAUUAGUAGCUGUAGACGGCAUACCAUCUUUUAAUGGCUUCUAAAGGCGGACGGCUCUGACCUUGUCUGUCACCGGAGAGAGAGAGAUGCAUUGCGGGUGCAGUGGAGCGUCCCGUUCUACGCAGAUGAUGGUAAGCGAAUCCAUGCAUUAUUAUUAUUAUAAAUUGAUCGGGAAACGAAUGAUGACGGUGAUUAAUAAUAAUUUACGAGUCGUAGUUAAUCAUUUGUGUAAAACUGGUGUGGUGACAUCAUUUCAUAAUUGAAUGACUGCAGGCUAUAGGAAAACCGCACAGGAGCCUAUAAACUUUAUCGGGGAGUUCAAGAUUGGAGCUAGUCUGUGAAACUAGACAAAUGAAUGCAUAAUAAUAAUAAUAAUAAUAAUAAUAAUAAUAAUAAUAAUAAUAAUAAUAAAUACAAAACAGAAUAUAAAGUUUAUCAAACGAUAUUUACAGACACGAGUUUGUUAACUGUUAGAUGGCGAUGGCACUGAUGACGUUGCUAAAUUUCACUUUUGACGUAAUCCAUUUAAAUGGGACAGCUUACAUACACGUCAUCUUACCUUAAAGGCAGCUUAUCAGUACUAUGUUUGCUAAUAGUGUUUAUAUAAAUGUACACUCUAGUGGUGAAGAUCAUUUUAAACAUUGAUCUGAUUUAAAGUACAGCAUUGUAAAGCACAGAGAGGUCUGGUAAAGCAUAGGGAAGCAUUGUAAAGCACAGAGAAGUAUGGUAAAGCAUAGGGAAGCAUUGUAAAGCACAGAGAGGUCUGGUAAAGCAUAGGGAAGCAUUGUAAAGCACAGAGAGGUCUGGUAAAGCAUAGGGAAGCAUUGUAAAGCACAGAGAGGUCUGGUAAAGCAUAGGGAAGCAUUGUAAAGCACAGAGAGGUCUGGUAAAGCAUAGGGAAGCAUUGUAAAGAACAGAGAGGUCUGAUAAAGCAUAGGGAAGCAUUGUAAAGCACAGAGAGGUCUGGUAAAGCACAGGGAAGCAUUGUAAAGCACAGAGAGGUAUUUCAUUUCCAUGAAUCUUCCCAGUUUCUCUGCACAUUCCCAAUGCAGUAUUCCAGGAGGGGGGCGUUGAUCUGGAGUGGCUCACCCAGGUUCACCUUGGUGCAGUUCGAGUGCCUCUCCUCUCCCACAAUGCACUUGUAGACGUCCCCCUUCCUGUUAUUGGCCGGCCCAGGUUUGAAUAUAUUUUCCAACAAGACAGUUCAGCAGAAACCGAAAACCUUUUGUCCUUUUCUUACUAGUUUUGUAAGAGAUCGAAACCUCUUCAAACCGCAGCUGAAUUACAGAGUGGAGCCCGGUCUCUGUACGGGGAAGUGAAGGGCAUUAAUAUUUCAACAGCAGCUCGGCAGGCUGGAGGAACGCUUAACUGGGGAUGAAUAAGCAAUGAGAUAGAGGAGAGGAGGCAAGGGACAUUAGAGAAAGAGACAGAGGGAGGAGAGGGGAGUGGGGAGGGAGAGAGAGGCGCUAUCGCACUGUAUCACACAAAAAUACAUUCUUGAAAUGUAUUUUUGUUUACGACUGUAAGUCGCCCUGGAUAAGGGCGUCUGCUAAGAAAUAAAUAAUAAUAAUAAUAAUAAUAAUAAUAAUAAUAAUAAUAAUAAUAAUAAUAAUAAUACAGCAUUACUCCUGAAUUACUAGACUGAUCGUAAUAGAUGCAUUGCACUGCAGGAACCGGACUGACGUUGACUCAUUGAUUUAGACAGGGAGUGAAAUCCUCAGAAGGAGUCUGUCUUGGAGUUACUGCAGAUGAGACUCGAUCUGGACACGACAGAUUCUGCCAGCUUCCCCCCCCCCCCCCCCCCCCCCCGGUCACCUGGAGACCCCGCUCUGGUAGAUGUGACCUACAGCUCCGAGGACUCGUAACGACCCCUCACCCCCCCCAGCACCCCCCAACAUGAACCUCACCCCCACUCCCCCUGCACUGUGGCCUCCGACGGACCUGUGGAGGUGCGGUUCCCCGGGGGCUAACGAAAGCAGUGACUGCACGGGGGAAAGGGAAGGGGAGAGGUCCUUCGUCACGCCCAGCUUCUCCACGGCUGCCAAGGUCCGAGUGUCUGUGACGUUGCUCCUCUUCAUCGCCUCCGCCUGCUCCAACACGGCUGUGCUGUGGACCGUGUCCCGCAGGGGGCGCCGGCGUUCGCACAUCAAGCUGCUCAUCACGAACCUGGCCGUCGCUGACCUGCUCGUCACUGUUAUCGUGAUGCCUCUCGAUGCUGUCUGGAACAUCACUGUGCAGUGGUACGCGGGCGAUCUGUCCUGCCGCCUCCUCAUGUUCCUGAAGCUCGUUGCCAUGUACUCCUCAGCCUUCGUUACCGUGGUGAUCUCGGUCGACCGCCAGGCCGCCAUCUUGAACCCGCUGGCCAUUGGAGACGCUAAGAAGAGGAACAAGCUUCUGCUGUGUGGAGCCUGGGCUCUGAGCAUCACGCUGGCGCUGCCACAGCUCUUCCUCUUCCACACGGUGAGUCGCUCCCGGCCCGUCCCCUUCGUGCAGUGCUCCACGCUGGGCAGUUUCCGACAGCACUGGCAGGAGACUCUGUACAACAUGCUCACCUUCGCCUGCCUGUUCCUGCUGCCUCUGUUCACCAUGGUGCUGUGCUACUCGCGCAUCCUGCACGAGAUCUCCGGGAAGAGGAGGAGGAGGAGGAAGAGGGGGGCCGGUGAGCAGCGCAGGGGUUCAAUCCCAGUCUCCUCGAGGGAGAUCCAGCUGCGCCGCUCCGGUGACAACAUCCCGAGAGCCCGCCUACGCACCCUGAAGCUGUCCCUGGUGCUGGUGCUCUCCUUCAUCCUCUGCUGGACCCCCUACUACCUGCUGGGGCUGUGGUACUGGUUCUGCCCGGAGAUGCUGACCCGCGGGCAGGUGCCCCCCUCGCUGUCGCACAUCCUCUUCACGUUCGGACUCCUCAACUCCUCCCUGAACCCGCUGUUCUACGGGCUUUUCACCCUCCACUUCCACAGGGAGGUCCGCAAAGCCAGACCCGACCCCGACACCCCCUCGCUGGGGACCGGCUCCUUUCGAUGCUCCCCCCUUCACCAACAGAGAGGGGCCAGGGACCGGCCAGAGACCCCCAACUCCCCCUGCAGCAGCCUCUGCAAAGGGAGCAUGGAGGAGAGUCUGGUGUGACGCUGUUUAAGCCGACCACAGGCUGGCAGGGCUGCAGCUGGGAUUGGAACUCCUUGCUCAGCCUGGUCUCCUCUCCCAGUGCUGGUCUGAUCUCCAAGCUGGGUGAGAGUUGGGGUUGCAGGGGCGGGAACAAGACUCCCGUUGCAUAGCAAUCUCAGUCCCAGCCAAUCAGCUGUGUUUGUUUGCGCUGCAGGAUGCUGGUUGGUGCCCCGUGGGACGGGCCGGCCAAUAACAGGAAGGGGGACGUCUACAAGUGCAUUGUGGGAGAGGAGAGGCACUCGAACUGCACCAAGGUGAACCUGGGUGAGCCACUCCAGAUCAACGCCCCCUCCUGGAAUUCUGCACUGGGAAUGUGCAGGGAAACAGGGAAAAUUCAUGGAAAUAAUGGAAAUAAAAUGAAUGCCCUUAAAGUUUACCACUGUAUUUUUAGUUUUCCCAAGCUCCAAGGAUGUGAAUCAGACUCCUAUUGCACAGCAGCUUCACCCAUUCCAGGUUUUACUAGCAGCUUGAUCAGCCCCAGUGUGUCUAGGUAACAAGUGGUCAGGUGUGUCUUAUUAUUAGAGAGUCUAAUAACUCAUCACUGACUGGUUGUGUAUCCUGUUGGCUUAACAGUUAGAGCUCAAGGACUGGGAGCCAUGAGAUCUGGGUUCGAGUCAUCCCAACAACUCAGGAGGUGGACUGGAGGCUGGAGGGCCUGCGAGUCGGAAUUGGAAUUGAUUACUUAACCCUUUCCAGUCCUGAUUGCCCCCAGCGCGUCUCUUGCGAUUGCAGUCGGGAUGCAGGGCUGUGGUUUCUUUGAUGAACAGAGUGGAACUGCAGCUGGAGAAGGAUACUCAACCAUUCGUGAAAUGUGAAUAAUAAUUAUAAAGCACAGAAAGAGGGUUUUUUUCUAUGCUAAAGCACUCUAAAGACCUUUCAGUACCCCUGCAGGAUAGGGUUCUGGAACUCUGUGAUGCAAAACCCUUUCACAAGGAAAUAG